AUGUCUCAACAACACAAGAUCAUCCACUUGCCCAAAGUCAGAAUGCUGAACCGAGGCCGUCCAGCGAUUAGGAUCACAAAUGUUAAAUCGGUGAAACCAGACCCCGAGUUCAUUAAACGACAAGAAGAGGAGAGAUUGAGGGCUCAGUUACAACAAGAGAUAGUAUCACGAUCCCGUACUUGUUCGUACCACGCGUAUGAAUGUACUCUACCCGUAGUGGGCGGUCGUAUGUACUGUGUACGACAUAUACUAAGUGACCCGACCGCUCCAUACAAGCAGUGUGCUCAUGUCUCCGCUUCGGGCAAUAGAUGUACUCAGCCGGCACCCAUUGAUAGGGAUCCUGGUGUAUGUUUCGAUCACGCACGUUCGUCUCUUUGUCGCCGCAUGCGUGCCGCAGCCCCGCCGCCCGCCGUCGAUACUACCGAGACCUUGCUGCAUCGGUUACAACACUAUGUUAGACCCGAGCGUACUAGGACCACCUCUUGUGCUUCCUCGGUAUCUGUUGUCAGUGAGCCUUCGGAACAAGAAGUGGCUACACAUGCUGUGGACCCAUUCAAGGAAAUUGACGCGGUGUCAGUGAAUGCGUCUGUAUCAACGGCGCUGAUGGAGUGCGCCAGCGGCAGUGACAGCGACUGUGACAGUGUAGUGAUCACCACAGAGAGGGAGCCCUCCGACACUGAGGACGCGCCCUGUGAGGACGGCCCGCUGUGGAAAGCCGGUGUUUACACAGCAGAAGAGGCAGUUAGUGAAGCAAAUAAUGUACUGAAAUCAUUACAGUCAUUAUAUAUUAAACAGAUGGGACGACUGAGGACUCAGUUAGAAACGGCUCGGCUGAAAUAUAUAAAGGCUCUACGGACAGAGAAGGAACAUUACUGUAGUAUAAACAGCCAGGCCCGCUCCGGGCCGCAGUCCGUCCGUGAGAGGAGGCAGCUGAGGAAGUUGAAGGCCUACGCCGGCUACCACAGGAGACACGGAGUAGACGCUGUGCUGGCGAGGAAACUACACCACAAGAGAGCUAUGGCCAAGGAUCCUCCGUCAAGUCGCGUUCCGUCCCAGGGCCGCUGUGUGUUCACGGAGGGCGGUGUGCGGUGUUCAUCACACGUACUGCCCGCCGCUAAACACUGUCUGAAACAUAUACUCAACGACACACAACAGGUAUUAUUCGCACCGUGCGGUGAUGUCCGCGGGCCCGUCUCGUGUCGCGAGCCCGCCGCGCGCUCGCCGCUGCCGAGAGCCUGCCGCUAUCACACAGACGCGCCGCCGCACGCGUGCUACACGCUGAAGAAGCAGGAAUCUGAAUGUGGUUCAGAAUGGACAUGUUCAGAACAGUCUCCGGCGGCUCCACAGAUAGUGGACACCCUACACUAUGACUGA